AUGCGUGAUCUCGGCAGCUUUGUGUCGCACGUCUGGAGCCUCUACGCGACCGCUUGGCUCCACGCUCUGCGGUAUCCCGACGAGCCGCCAGUUGUGCCAGCCGGCGUCCUCGCGCGACUGUUUAUCUUUCUCCGUAUUCCUCAGGAAGCCUUGAGCGUCACUGUGACGACGACCAUGGCGACGACGAUCGACGACGCGUGUCCGAUCUGCUUGGAGAACUUUGCCUCUGCGACCGUCUUGGAGCUGGCGUGCGGUCAUGGCUUUCACGUAUCGUGCUUGCGUGACUGGCUGGCGAUCACACCGCGCUGUCCGACGUGCCGCGGAGCACCCGGAUCGAUCGCACUCCAUGUCACUCCAUAGAUAGAUCCGAUGGUUCGCACAAUAAUGGCUCGGUUAACAAAGUGACGACUGCAUCGUGAA